CCUCCCGGCACUCAUUAUUUUUUACGCCCUAAAAAUUUAGUUUUUCACCUCGAGGCCGUAAUCGACUGAUUUUUCCACGUAUUCUGUGUUUUACUCUUCCAAAUUUUGCUUCAAAGUUGAUGGUUUUGAAGUUAAAACUCUAUUAGACAUCCCACCCUCAGCUGGCCAGUUAACUAUGAGACUUAUCUUCCGUUUGUUAAAGUUCUCUCUCAGUUUUUAAAAUAUGUUCAUCCUUUUCACGAUUCUGUUUCAACUGAUCUUUUCAGUCAAUUCAUUCAGUAAUUUAUACUCGGACAGUUUUCAUGAAGAACUACUAUUAAAACGGUUGUCGAGUGGUCAUGUAUACUCAUACUUUCAAUUUACGACGCUGUGGAAUACAACCCUUGACAAGAGUACUUUUGACCACACUCAUUUAUGGCCUCGCUCACUUGGUGAGAUUCUAGGGUAUCACAAUGUUCAAGAGCUUCAUGUGAGUCUAACGCAGGGCCUUUGGCGGUACCAGAAUUGGGGAUAUCCGGUUGUUGAAGCCCCACCCGGAGCGGAACUGUGGGUUUGGUUCAAACCAGACACAGAGAAUGUUGAAAAGGAAUGGAAAUUACUCGCAGGCGCUCUCUCGGGGCUGCUUUGCGCUUCCCUAAAUUUUAUUGAAACUUCAAAUAGUAUGACCCCUGAGCUCAGCUUUCGACCUGUAGGAGUAGCUGAUAUUAGUAACCCUGUCAACUCAUCGUUUCUACGCUAUGCAACUCUUCCCAGAGAAAUCGUUUGUACUGAAAAUCUGACACCCUUGAAGAAGUUAUUGCCCUGUGAUUCUAAGAAAGGAUUGUCAACCCUCUUGAAUGCAGGAUAUGUACAUAAUACGAAUUAUCAUUCCCUAGGACUGCAUUUUAGACAGACAUGCUCAGGAAAGUAUUGUGUAAAUCCAGUCAUAGAAUUAAGGCAGACAGUCUCAUUAGUUUACGACCUAAGUAUAGUUGAGCCAAUAAAUCAAGACUGGUCCAUCAGGAAACUCUUUGGAGUUGGAGUGGGAUCUGGAUGUCCUCUCGCAUCAUCAAGCCGCAUUUAUGUCGACAUCAGCUCAAAUGAGACCGGUCCAGUAUUUCAUCUAACACCAAAUCCUGACUCAGUGGCUCUUAGUAUGAGAGGAGGUUAUCAAUCAACGUUUGCAGUCUACGAUAUCUCAUCGGCAGAAAAACUGUUCAAUAUCAAUGCCAAUUAUCGCAAACUGUCUUCAGUUCCUUUAAGUUAUCCACCACCUCUGUAUGUGAACAGGUAUAUAGCAGGAUACGGUCAAGAAAGAGGUCGAAUUGUGACCAAAAUUCACAACAAACACAGGACUCCUCUGAAAAUCAUCUAUUUGGAAAAUAUCCCAUGGUUCAUGCCUAUCUACUAUCACACAUUGAAAGUCACCGCCAAUAAUAGAAAUAUUAAUCCAAUUCAGAAAAGGUACCACCCAGGCAAAGAGCGCGUCAGACCGUACUUCCUUGAGGUCGUUCUAGAAAUACCUGCUAGAACCUCUAUCGAAGUCCAUUUUGAAUUUGAUUACAUUUUUCUCAAGUGGCAAGAAUACCCGCCAGAUGCCAAUCAUGGAUUCUAUGUUGGCUCCGCUGUCAUCACAUGCAUGCUGCCUGUGGGAAGGAACUACACUGGGUUACCUCCGGAAGCAUCGUUGAUCUCAGACAGUUGGAACGCCUCUCAACAAGGUUACUUGGUUCAGCUUCGAACUGAGUCUCUCAUUUUAACCUUGCCAACGCCUGAUUUUAGUAUGCCGUACAAUGUCAUUUGCUUAGCAUGCACUGUUGUUGCAUUAGCGUUUGGGCCCUUGCACAAUAUCACAACAAAAAGACUGCAAUUAGUGAAACUUGACGAGGAACCAAAAGGUGUUUUCCCUUUUCUAAAAAAUAAGAUAUUAAAACCUGUCAAGAAUUUUUUCAAAAAGACUGAAUCCACUGUUCAAGCUCAAGAACAAACAGCUGAAGUAUCGACCAAAUCCAAAGAAUCGUAGCUUCCUUUGACUUUCUAUUGUAAAUAUUUAAGUUUUUCAAUCUAGUCCAGGUAUUUUAAGUUGCAUCUUUAGCUUUAACUUUAUGUGUGUUUAUAAGUUUUUCAUACCAGUAUUUAAAAUAAACAAAAUUAAAAAAGUA